AGUCGCUCGGAGCACGGUCGGUGGCCGGGCGGAGCGCCCACCGCCAUGCCCGCCUUCCGGCAGGUCGGCGAGAAGCAGCUGCCGCAGGAGGUGGUCUUCAUGGCCUGGUCCCCCAAAAGGGACCUCAUCGCCCUGGCCAAUAGAGCGGGCGAGGUUUUACUCCAUCGGCUUGCAAACUUUCAAAGAGUGUGGAGUUUGCCUCCAAAUGAAAAUACAGGAAAAGAAGUGACUGCUCUUGCUUGGAGACCAGAUGGCAAAAUUCUGGCUUUUGGCCUCACUGAUACCAAGCGGAUUAUUCUGUGUGAUGUAGAAAAACCUGAAAGCUUGCACUCUUUCUCUGUGGACUCAUCUAUUACAUACAUGCAUUGGAUGGAAGUAACUGAGGAAAGCAGUUUUCUCACUUCCUUUUACAAUGCUGAGGACGAAUCAAAUCUCCUUUUGCCUAAAUUACCAGCGCUACCAAAAAAUUACAGUACUACUGCAAAAAUUUUCAGUGAAGAAAAGUCAGAUGAGAUUAUGAAGCUUCUGGGUGAUGUAAGGCUUAAUGCUCUUGUCCUUGGUGGCAGCUGUGGAUUUAUUGAGAUUUAUGCUUACGGAAUGUUCAAGAUUGCUACAGUAACUGGGGUGGCAGGUUCUUGUCGUGGACUAUGUUUGUCUAGUGAUUUGAAAUCACUGUCGGUUAUUACAGAGAUACGAGACUCUUCAGACAGAGAAGCUGAGAUAACAUAUUUUCAGCUGGACACUAGUCUGUUAUCAAGUUACUUACCUGAGGUAACUCGAAUGGCCCGGAAAUUUACUCAUAUUUCAACUCUGUUACAGUAUAUAAAGUUGUCAUUGACAUGCAUGUGUGAAGCAUGGGAAGAAAUACUGAUGCAGAUGGAUUCACGACUAACAAAGUUUGUCCAGGAAAAGAAUACAACCACUUCUGUUCAGGAUGAGUUUAUGCAGCUGUUGUUAUGGGGCAAAGCAAGGUAUCUGGAGCUUCAGGCGUUACUAAUGAACCAACUGACAGUAAAGGGCUUAAAAAAACUUGGUCAGUCCAUAGAGUCUUCCUAUUCCAGUAUACAAAAGUUGGUCAUAAGUCAUUUGCAGAGUGGCUCUGAGGCACUGUUAUACCACUUGAGUGAAUUGAAAGGAAUGGCUUUAUGGAAACAAAAAUAUGAGUCUCUGGGAUUGGAUGCAUCUGGAAUUGAAGAGGCUAUCACUGCUGUUGGUUCUUUCAUCCUGAAAGCAAAUGAGCUGCUUCAGGUUAUUGACAGUAGUAUGAAAAACUUCAAGGCAUUUUUUCGAUGGCUGUAUGUUGCCAUGUUGAGGAUGUCAGAAGAUCAUGUGCUUCCAGAGCUAAACAAGAUGACUCAAAAAGAUAUCACGUUUGUUGCUGAUUUUCUUACUGAACACUUUAAUGAGGCACCAGAACUUUACAAUCGUAAAGGAAAAUAUUUCAAUGUGGAGAGAGUUGGCCAGUACUUAAAAGAUGAAGAUGAUGACCUUGUAUCACCACCUAAUACAGAGGGAAACCAGUGGUUUAACUUUCUUAAAAACACUACUCAUCUUAAAGAAAGUCCACUUCUGUUUCCUUACUAUCCUGAGAAAUCACUGCAUUUUGUCAAAAGACAAAUGGAAGGGGUCAUUGAUCAGUGUUUACUAAAGCCAGCGGAUGUAAUUGGAAAGUCAGUGCAUCAAGCAUUCUGCAUGUCUCUUUACAAAACUUCUCAAAGUGAAGAUUCCACACCUCAGUUAUUUAAAUUACCAUUUCUGUGGAAUGACAAAACAUCCAAUAUACAUUAUGUUCUCUUCACCAUGUUAGAAGAUUCUAUUUCUAAAAUAUACAUUUUGAGAAGACAUACUGAUACUUCUAGAUCUGUCAGUAAUGGAAUUCUUGCAGUAGAGUUUGGAAACUUCUUGAGCAACAGUAUAAAUGAGAGCUCAGACUCCAGAUGCUACAGUUGUUUAGAUGCACACUUCUAUGAUGAUGAAACUGUAACUGUAGUUCUGAAGGAGAGCAUGGAACAAGAAGGGAAGGAGAGAGUGUUGGCUCAGUUGCCUUUAUCUUCAGUAUACACAGAUGAGGACCAAGAUGGGGAAUUAAUUUGGGAUUGUACUAGAAGGCUGGAUGAGCAAAUUGGUGAGAUACCCACAUGUACUGUCGUCUUGGAGAAUCAGUGGAGAGUGCUUGAGAAUAUGAAAGCUCAGUAUGUUUCUGUAAAUGGCAUUAGGAAAGUUUCCUGUGUGCUAAGUUCAAAUCUCCGUCAUGUGAGGGUGUUUGAGAUGGAUGUGGAAGAUGAUGGAGAAGCUGAGGAAGAAGAGGAAGAAGAAACAACUCAGACUGCAGCUGGGGAACCUGAUGAGCUAAAUCAGUCUGCAGAUAACCAGGACAAUGUAUGUGGUGCAUCUGCUGAAGAGCUACCUGAUGAAACUGAAGAACAUGAAUCAAGUCUGGAUCCUUGACAUAGGCUUUUAUGUUGGUAAAGGACAAGACUGUAACCUAACUUCAGGCUGUUGAGAUUAUGUACCAUGUACCUACUCAAGCAGCUGUAGUAAGAUGUGCGUCAAGAGUUGUGUGUUGAUUCUCGGCCAAGACUUGUGUUCUAGAAUACACUUAUCUGUCCCUUUUUUGUCUGGCACAUGGUUUGGUAUGAACUAAAUUUCCCUGAGAGGUUUUUCCAUUUACAUUUUUUUAUAGAUGAGGAGAAAAAGAAAUACCAAAUGAUGUUUUUUGUAGUUAACCUGCUCAGUCCUGAAUACCGUUAAGAUAAAAUGAACAUGUAUGUGAAAACAACAAAACUCAGAGCUGAAUUCUUUUCUUUCAGACUUCAUGUUCUAAUAAUGGGUGCAGAGGCUUCCUGUAGAGCUGAAAUUUAAGAGUAUGGCCAACAGCAAGCUUGCAGAUCAGCCUAAGACUAGUUAGACAACAAAAUUUAAAGUUACAACAAUUUUUUUUUCUGAUGUAGCAUUAUUUGUCAUGCAUAGGCUUCAGCAUGAUCGUGUUGCUUGCUAAUUUAUGUAUUUCUCUAGGAAUGAAUCAGUGUUAAGUGGUAGCAGCUAGAAACAGUGUUUAGUAAUCUAAAAUAUUUUCUUCCCUACUAGCAGUCAGUCUUAGCUCACUCAAAACUCAUUUCUUUAAAUUAAUAUUGCUGCUACAUGCAUGAUCUUCCUUCAAAACAGUGAGUGUACUUUCUACCUGUGAAGAGGACCAGGUCUUAUGCAUAUGCUCCCUUCUGUACCUUCAUGAGUAAAGAAAUCUGAAAUUGCUGUUUGGCAUUGCAGAGAUCAUAUACCAGGCUUGCCAUCUUUGUCUUGUUUUGAAAUAUGGCACUUUUAAGUUACUGGUUUUUAAAGUGAACUUUUGAAGGUUUUGGACUGUUUGAGAAAGAUCCUUGUAAACAAAGCUGUUCAGUUCUGAGAGGGACUUCUUAUUUUUUCACUUUUCAGCUGCUUGCUGUUUGCUGUUCUCAUCUAACAGAUGUUGAUGGUUGAAGGCACAAUGAAAAGCUGUAGGAGAGAAGGACUAGAAAUGCCCAUUCAAAAGUGCUGUGGGCUUUCUGUGUAGAGCAGUUACUCUUGAUGAGAAAUUGCAGCUACAACAAAACCCACUCAGCUUAAGCCUGGCCUUGUGUCCUUCCAGGAAACUAUUGCUUCUGACCUAACUUCAAAAAUUGUCACACUACAGUGCUUGGAAACAAUUGUUCUGGUGUGCUUUCUGCUGAGCAGUUUUAGCCCAUGGGCAUAUAGAAAUCAGAUUUGUCCUGUCCACUAUUGUUUCUGUGUUGAUAGCGGGUGUGUCCAUGCCACAGGUGCAUGCUCUUCAAAAAUCUUAAGGUGGUUAUGAAUUUUUCUAGUCCAGUCUUGGAUAUACUUGAAUCAAUGGAAGUUUUGUUUCUGGCUGGGAUAAGUGUGUGUGCACUUCAUACAUUUCACAGUGACAUGAUAGGACUACACUAGUUUCGGUCAGUGCUUCUGAUUGCAUUGCUGAUCCUUCUGUCAAAAUUUUUAUUUCUCUAAUAAUAAAUGUGUCUGUGGUGUGCUUA